AUGGCGGCAUCACCGCCGCUACUGUGUAAAGUUACUUCCCAGUCAGGAAACGAACACUAUUUUUCGUAAAUAAAACAAAGUAACCUUACCAAUCGUAACUGAAUUUUGUUUUUACAAAAAGGAUUUCAUAAAUAUCCUACCUAACUAUUUUUUGUCUCUUUUAGGAUCGUUUAUUAAUCAAAUUACAAAUAUCAGACAAAUAUGGCACAAACAUCCAGCAGAUCCCACUGUAGUGUUCCUUUUUGCUCCAACAACAAACAAAAAGUGCCUUACAUGAGUUUCCACACCUUUCCAACUGACCCAGUACUACGGGGUCAAGGCAAUAAGGAGAGAGGAGGGUGAAACCUUUAAAAUAGUAUAUGGGAGCACCCAUGUGUGCAGUCAUCAUUUUCUCCCAAAAGAGGUGGACGAAAAAGACUAAAAAAAGAUGCAGUCCCGUCCAGAUUCUAUUGGAACAACUGGGGUAAAGUAUUCAUUGUCAAAGCCUAUUUAUUUUUGACUGCGAGUGUUUAAGCUGCACUCACACCGGACGGAUUUCAAAAGUAUUUUGACCUCAGCUGUUCCUUUUGCAUCAAUCCUAUUGAAACCUAAACCCAUUUGUUUCAGAAAUGUUCUCCCUGUUUGAGACAAACUGUUCUGAGACUUUGAAGACCAACCAAAUCUUACCUUAUAUUGGCCAAAUAUUGUAUUGAUAAAUGUAAAUAUACAAAUGACAAACAUUUGACCAUUUCUCUGUGGAAUUAAAACGUAUAAUUAAUCUAAUAACAGAUAAUUUCAUGCCUUUCAAAGACUGAAACGUAUUUAUAAAUAAUGAUUUGAAUAAUUGGUGAAACUUUUUCUCUUCAUUCUUUUAAGUUUGUGAUUAAUAGAAGGCUCUGUAGUUUUUCUUUGUUUUCUUUUUAGCUAAUUUCACGUUGAACUAGGCAUUUUUAGUAAUUAAAAUAAAUAAACUUUAGAACAUCUGGUUUUCCCAUGUCAAUAAAACACAGGUGUAAAAACCACCUGUGUGAAGCGCUGAUGCUGAUUGGCUGAGGCGACCUCUGAAGGGAGGAGACAAAAGGUGACUGAGCAGUUAGUUUCCUUGGACCAUAUCUUUGGAUCCUGUUUUUGUUUUUGCUCAUUUUAUGUCAUAAUCAUCUGCUACAGUUAUGUUACAGGGAAUUAUAAUAUUUUCAAUAAAAAUGCAGGAAAUAAAUUAUUAACAAUUUAUUUAGACAAAAAAGAGAUAUCAGUAGCCCGGGGGGUCUCCUCUGAAUCAAAUAUCUUCACUGCUCCUCUCUUCCUGUUGCCGACACUUCCUGUAAAACAUGAAAGGGAUUAAACAGAGAUAAGAAAAGGCUCCAAACUGUUUGGUUCUCAUGAAAAUACUCAAAAUACUAAAGAUUAAGGAAACAAUGACUUCCUCCGCUCGCUGUGGGUGUCCGUGUGCUUCUUCAGCUGAAGCUGAUGGCUGAAGCUUUUGCCACAAACAAACAACAGGAUCUGGGACCUCCUUCGCCUGUAAGCUGGUCGGAGUGUCUUGCGUUCUGCCGCCGAGAUCUGGGACUUCCUCCGCAGGUAAGCUGGUUGGUGAGUUUCACCUUCUACCGCCGGGAUCUGGGACUUCCUCCGAUGGCAAGCUGGUUGGAGUGUUUCACAUUUUGCUGCCGGGAUCUGGGACUUCCUCCGUUGGAUCUGGGACCUCCUUCGCCGGUAAGCUGGUUGGAGUAUUUUGCAUUCUGCCUCCGGGAUCUGGGACUUCCUCCGCUGGUUGGAGCCAUCCGCAUUCUGCCGCCGAGAUCUGGGACUUCCUCUGCCAGUAAGCUGGUUUGUACGUUCUGCCAACAGGAUCUGGGACCUCCUUCGCCUGUAAGCUGGUUGAAGUGUUUCGGGUUCUCCCCCCGGCAUCGGGGACCUCCUCCGCUGGAAAGCUGGUUGGAGCGUUUUCGCGUUCGGCCGCCGAGAUCUGGAACUUCCUCUGCCAACAAGCUGGUUGAGGCAUUUCGCCUUCUGCCCCUGGGAUCUGGGACUUCCUCCGCUGGAUCUGGGACCUCCCCUGUAAGCUGGUUGACGGGUUUCGCGAUCUGCCCCCAGGGUUUUGGGACUUCCUCCGCUGGAAAGCUGGUCGGAGCGUCUCGCGUACUGCCAACGGGAUCUGGGACUUCCACCGCUGGUUUUACCCGUUUUAUCGUGGACGUUCUCUGUGAAAAAGCACCCCAAGCCCCGCCCCAGUGAGAGCCUGGUCAGGCACAGACGGGAGAGAGGAAGCUGGAUCAGUCAGGAUCCCCAACGAUUGUCUCAGUGGAGACCCCAACCU